AAAUCCUCGUGCAUAUCAGGCUUCAAGUAUUCUGUCCAUUCCUUUUUUUUUUUUCAAAUUGAGAUGAUACUCUAGUGAGAAUCAUUGCAGGGAUUGGCUUUUCCCAAUGCUCUGGCUCAGGUAUCUGCUUCGAAGUCCUCACGCACGCUCGUCUCUUUUCAGUUCUACACACGCUCGUUCCAACUUCUCGAAACCGCAAAAUGUGCGACAUGUGAGGUUUAGACGGCCUUGGAUUAGGUCGUUCAUAUCAAAAGGUCUCCUGUACGGCACCGCAUUCCACCUCUGGAGCACCUUCGUGCUGAUACGAUUUGAUGACGAUACCGACGAUGCUGAUCUACCUCCCGUGGCCAACCUAGAGGAGACAGCCCCGCGUCAAACCUCCUUGGGAAGCGGCGAAAUCACCGGGAAAGAGGUCGAAAACGAGGGAGUGCUGUUCAUACCGCUUGCCUGGUCCCGUUUGCAACAAGGCGAGCUAUACACUACAUCAGAUCCAGAGUGGCAAGAAUUUGUGAAGUUAUCCAAGGAUCGGAAGAAGCUUCAGAAGCUUAGGGAUGAACUCGCCACAAUCGUUUUAGAUAAUGCGGGGAGGCAGAUGUCACAGAUACUCGGGGAGCCUCUCUCCCUCACAGGAUUCUGGCUUGUCCAUCAGUUUCCAAACCGUGCCCCUCCUGGAUAUGUGCGAUCGGGGGUGGAGAUUAAAAACAACAGUAUAUCGUGGGUUGCAAAGCCGAUGGACCCCGAGAUAGGUGACAGGUUACAGAACUUCAUGAAACCAGUUCAUGUUGCUCUAGCAAUCAGAGAUGCGUAUCUGGUACUAUUACUAAGGCAACUGGAUCGUUUCAGGAAACCCGCAGGGGAGCCGCUGGAUGCCUUUGAUUUGUUAAAUGAUUCUUCUGCCUGGCCUGGUGACAAGAGAGGGAACUGGGUUGGACAAAAUGAUCAAUCUAAGCUACAACCACCCCUGACCGACGGGCUCAAGGAAAAUAUGCCCCCUAAUACUGAGAAUUCCAACUAUCACCCAUCCUCCCUUAUAUCUUUAUUACAGCGGCUACCGUUACCAGACCUCGGCCCGGGGUCGGAUCUGCACUUGGCAUCACAGGCAUUCAAAUUACGAUUGAACCACGAACGGGCCCAAAUACCAGGGUCUGCUCGCCGCGGAGCCUUCUUUAUCGCGGGCCCAGUUGGGUUGAAGGGACCUAAUGGGUUUUGUCGAUUUGAGGUGAAAGGCGAGUAUGAUCCAGCCAAGCGUGAAUGGCGAACAGUGGAAAUGACGCUGAAGGAUCUGAACAUGAGGAGACAGAAGGCAUUAGGAAGUUGAUCACAUAUACCCUGGGAUUUUAAGGGGUUUUCAUCUCAAGGGCCAAGCCAUAUAUGUCUCCCUUCAGGUUCACGGAAUGUGUGUUGAGCUCAAUAUUCACCUUGCCCUCUGUAUGAAUAUCAUGUACAUACAUGUUUUCCGCAGUGAUUUAAGGAAUCACCACAAAUUCAAUAUGCAUAAGCAGCCAUGGCUAUAAGGGUUAUUAACAUA